AGCCGGGGAGGGACAGACAGCGGGGAGCCCGGCCAAGGCCACGGCGGCGGCCUCCCUCUGCCCAGUCAGUUUGUCCAUCUGUCAGUCCGCCCGUCCGUCCAUGCGCCCGCCGCGCGCCCUACGGCUCUGCCUCCAGCUCUGCCUCUGCCUGGCCGCGGCGGCUGCCCAGCAGCGGGCUCUUGCCCCUGUUCUUUGCCUCUCGUUUUGUUGGUGAAGAUAGCACAGUGAUGUCUGCAUUCAACCUGCUGCAUCUGGUGACAAAGAGCCAGCCAGUGGCCCAGCGAGCCUGUGGGCUUCCCUCAGGGUCAUGUAGGGAUAGAAAGAACUGUAAGGUGGUCUUUUCCCAGCAGGAACUGAGGAAGCGACUGACACCCCUGCAAUACCAUGUCACUCAGGAGAAAGGAACUGAGAGUGCCUUUGAAGGAAAAUAUACAAGUCAUAAAGAUCAUGGAAUGUACAAAUGUGUUGUUUGUGGGACUCCUUUAUUCAAUUCAGAAACCAAAUAUGACUCUGGUUCAGGUUGGCCCUCCUUCCAUGAUGUGAUAAGUUCCGAUGCAAUUACAUUCACGGAUGACUUUUCCCAUGGGAUGCAUAGGGUUGAAACAAGCUGCUCUCAGUGUGGUGCUCACCUUGGGCAUGUUUUCGAUGAUGGGCCCCGACCAACUGGCAAAAGAUACUGCAUAAAUUCUGCUUCCUUGUCUUUCACUCCUGCAGAGAAUGGUAACACCGAAGACAACAGUCUCAGCAUCCCUGCCCAAGCUGGCAAAAUGGAGCUGUAGAAUCAAAUUCAAUAUGAGACAACGAUCUUACCAGUUAGUAGGGGAAACAAAAAAAAAUACUACUAUCUUAUUCCAUAUAUGCAUAUAUAUUUUCAAACAUAGAAGGUCAGUUUGUGCUAUUGGUUUUUUCUUCCUCUUCUUUUUUGCUUAAACAGAGAGGCCUUAGACAUGAGUAUAUUUUGCUAUUGAUAAUAUUCUUAACUAUUUGUAUGUAGAUUUGAGGAAAAGAGAUAGUUUUGAGAAUGCCUUAUCACUAGAUAUUUGAGUACCAAGCUGCAAUACUUUCUUAAAAGUGAAUUUAAAGAAUCUCUCCCUUGCACAAGAAGGAAAGGGUGAUUUGGCCUCCAGACUCCAAAUUAGAGUACUCCCAUGUCAAGGCAAUUUGAAGAGAACUGAGCCUGGGUAGUGAGUUCAGACCUGCAAGACAGAUGGCCUUAGGGCAUUUGUAUGGAUCUAUUGAAGAUAAGGAUGGAGUGAUGCCUUACCAUACUUGUAGGCUUUGUGGAAAGUUUGAGCUAAGCAGUUUAUUCCCACUAAAAGGGUGUGAAGGUCUAAAGUCUUUCCUUAUGUUAAAUUGCUGCCAGAUCUGAGAGGGUACAGGGAGUGUUGUAGAAGGGGGAAGUAAACAUUACCUCACUUUCAUGCCUUUAUUUUAUUUUAUUUUCCAUUGAAAACAUUGGAAUGCAAGACAAAUGAAAAAGUUUGGGCUCCAUUUUGCUCAAGGUUCAUACUAAAGAACACCUGCCAUGGCUUUUUCUUAUGUCCUCCCUUCCACACCCAACACCAGCUGCAACUGAGGCAACAGUUUGGGAAAUUUGAACUGCUUAAAUUAAAAUAUUGGGAGUGGAAAGCUUCAAACCAAAGUAGGAGAUAUGGUGGAAAAACUAAGGGAUACACUGAUGACUGGAACCAUUGUAUGGCAGAUCAUCCUUGGGCAGACAGGACAUGGAACAAUUCAACAGAGCCCCAAAGGUGUGCUAACAUACAAGAGGGUGCAGGGUACUCUAUAAAUGUGGAAGUAGGAUUUGUGGGAUUAAAGAAGGAAGUUAGGAUUAGGUGUCUCAGGUUCCAGUCCCAUGCUUGCCAUUGGUCUGCCAUGUUAAACAUUACUCUAUCUGCCUGCAUCCCCAGGUAUGAAAUGAGAAUUAAAGCAUUUGUAAAGUACAUUGAAAUCCUCAGGGCAAAAGCACUAUAUUGCUGUGUAAUUAAUAUGAAUAAUAAUAAUACUAGCUUGCAUUUAUGUAGUGCUUAAAGGCUUGCAAAGUGCUUUACAUAUGUUAACUCAUUUGACUGUCACAACAACCCUGGGAGGUAGGUGCUAUUAUUGUCCCCAUUUUACAGAGGAGGAAAUUUGAGGCACAGAAGGGUUAAGUAACUUGCCCAGGGUCACACAGCUAGUAAAUGUCUGAGGGAAGAUUCAAACUCAGGUCUUCCUUGACUCCAAAUCUAUCACUCGAUGCACUGAGCCACCUAGCUGCCUCUAAAUAUUAGUACUAUUGUAUUAUUUUUCAUUUUCAAACCAAAUUUUGUUUUUUGUUCUAAAGGCUUUGAAGGUUUCAGGCUUGACGAUUGAAAUGGAAAGGAGUGGAGAGUAGGUUCACCUAACAGACUGGCAUGAAAACAGUGGGGUUGAGAGCCAGCAAUAUGGACUGGUUUUAUUCUUACACAUUUGUAUUUUAAUAUUUAGUCAGAAUGGGGACACACAUUAUUGUUGCACAAUAAGAUUGGAGUAGGAAUCCAAGAUGGAGUGAUGUCGCCUCAUGCUGCAGUGGUCUAGAAUGUUUGCUGACUAAUGCUAGACCUAAUUUGUACCAAUUAGUAAUUGAUAACUGAAGUUUUAGCUUGGGGCCUGAGUUUGAAAAUGCAACUCUUUUAUAAGUAAUUAAAAAGGAGGGAAUGAAAAAAAACUCAUGGAAAGUACCAUCUUGCCUCUUGGAAACUAAAUUAAAGAUAAGGAAAGAAUUCUUUGGAACACUGGAAAAAGAAAAGGAGUAAAACCAAAAAAGAUUUGAGUACCAAUGCUGAUUGCAUUCAUGCUGUGAGCCCCUAAGAUGUAUCCUAGGUCCCUAAAAUCCUGCUUCCUUUUUACUGCAAAAUGGGCUGCAUCUAGAUGAAUUUGAGUCUCUCCCCGUCAACCCCAUGGCUGGUCUUCUCCUUGUGCUCUAAAAACCCCAAGUGUCCCUCUUUCCUCCCUGAGGUAGAAAUUGGGACUAAGAUAGACCUAUCUAUAGCUGCCUUACCUCUAGCCCCAUUUCAGGGAUCUACUACAUUUAGGCCUCCUUGAAGAUCUCUUUUGAGGCUGGCCAAAGUGUAAGCAGGCACUGGAAAUAUGCCAUAUAUUCAUGAAUUCUCCUCUGCUGGUUCCUAAUCAGGGUGGAGUCCCACCUCCUCAGUCACUGUCUUCACGAUCUAUAGUUCUGAGGGAUCCAGAGAAGGUUCAGUGGUCCAGCUAAUAAGAAGUACCAAGUGCUUUGACUAUAGCUGCUAAGUUUUUCAUUAGCCUGUAGAAAAACCUGCCUCAACUUAAUUGGACAUUUACCAUGGCACUUGAGUGGAGAAGGUAAAGAAUAAAGGGGGCUUUUCUCCUUAAGGAAGGCUCCUCUCCCUUGGUUUCUUCAUUGCCAUUCCUUCAUCUUGUCUUUAUGGGGUUUAGUAUUUCCUGGGAAAGGAUUAUUCUCUUCAUUUUUUUUCUUUCAGAAAGGCCCAUUUUCUCUUAUUGCAUUUUCCAACAUCAAUUUUAAGAAAAAACACCAAUGUCCACUAACAAAGAAGUGGGGUGCAUACAUGUGUUUUAAUUCCAUGUUGCUUUUGGAUUUGUAUUAUCAAAUUUCAGUAUAUUUCCGUCUCACAUUAAAAAAAUAUUACUAAAACUUCAAUGAGCAAUAAUUUCAGCUGUCAUGCACUAGAUUUAUUUUUGCAGGAUAUGGAGUGCAAUGAACUGGGUCAAUAUGGUGAGGCACAUGUGAUCUGUGAGAGUUACACCAUUUUAAAAGGAAAUUCAUUGUGCUCUCCUUCCAUGCAUUACAACGUGGUAUGGGGCAAGAUGGAUUUCCUUGUCAUGCUAUUAGAACAUGCUGGACCCUGCUUGUAUUAUAGAGUACAAACAUUGGUCUGCUUGUGGUCACAAGAAAGGGACCUUGAGAGAGCAAUGAUAUAAAUACUGCCUUAGGAGAGUAUUUCUAUAUAUUUAACUUUGCACUUCUUUUAUGCUUUUAAAAUCUGAAUCCAAAUGACGUAGCAGUUUGAGAAUGUAUUUUACAAUAGUCUUCCAUAUUGUUAUUUUAUUUGAAAUGUGUUUCUUCAAAUAUGAACAAUGAGAAAAAAGGGAUGUAAGCUAGGGAAGGGAUUGUAUCUUCUUUGUAUCUUCCAGCACCUAGGACAGUGCCUUACACAUAGAAGGCGCUCAAUAAAUAUUGUUUGUUGAAUUGAACUUAUCGAAUUGUUGAAUCAAAUAUUUUUGCCUUAAGUAGAUUUGUAAUAACAUUUACCCCUCUAAACACUACAAACUUUUAAAAAAUCUUAUAAAAUGUUCAGUGGACAAAGCUUUUCUUAUGUCUAUUGUAUUAUGAAGAGUUAUGCAAUAAAACUCCUUUAUAAAGAAA